AUGCUCCCCACCCCCCCCAUCGCAUCGCGACCACCACAGCUGGAUGUAGCAAUUCAGAGGCACCAGGAGCAGGAGGCCUGGCUGUCGACGCUGCCUGAUGCCCCCACGUACCGGCCCAGCGCGGAGGAGUGGGGCGACCCCCUAGCCUACAUCCGCUCCAUCCAGCCCGAGGCCAGCCUGGCCGGCAUAGCCCUCAUCCACGCCCCCGUGGCCCCCGCCCUGGCUCCCGGCCGGGUCCUGGCAGACGUCCCGGGCUUCCGUUUCACCACCCGCAUCCAGGCCCUGGGUCGACAACGCUGGACGGCCUGGGACUCGGUGCGUUUCGAGGAGGGAGACCGUGAGUACACGCUGGAGGAGUUUGCCGCCGAGGCCGCCGCGGCAGAGGCCGCGUGGUACGGCGGCCUGGCGGGGCCGCUGCCACCCCGCACCGCUGAGUGCGAGUACUGGGCCCUGCAGAGCUCGCCCAACUCUGGAAAAAUCGUAGAGUACGGCAAUGACGUGGAGGGCACGGCCUUCCACCCAUGUGACCCGUUGGGCGCCACAAAGUGGAACCUGAACGUGCUGCCGCAUGAGCCUGCUUCGGUGCUGCGCCACUGCCACGCCCAUGUCCCUGGCGUCACCAGCCCCAUGCUGUACGUCGGGCGCCUCUUCUCCGCCUUCGCCUGGCACGUGGAGGACCAGCACCUGUACUCCAUCAACUACGCGCACGCCGGCGCGGCCAAGGUCUGGUACGGCGUGGGCGCGCGCGACGCCGACGCCCUGGAAAGCGCGGCCGCCGCCGGCGCAUUCGCAGGCGUGGCGCGGCCGACGCGCCCCGCGCAGCGUGCGGCGGCCGCCGCGGCCGCGCUGGCGGCCAAGACCACGAUCUUCCCCCCCAGCGACGCGGCGCGGGCCGGCGUGCGCGUCGUGCGCGCGGUGCAGCUGCCCGGCAGCUUCGUGGUGACCUUCCCCCGCGCCUACCACGCCGGCUUCUCCGCGGGGACGCACCUGGGGGAGGCCGUCAACUUCGCGCUUGACGACUGGUGGCCCCACGCGCUGCGGGCGCGGGCGGCGCACCGCGCCUGGGGAGUCCCCGAGGCGGUGCCGCUGGAGGCGGCCCAGGAGCCGGAGCCAGGGCGGGCCGAGCGGUGA